UGUGACUGUGGGUUUCCAAGCUUUAAAGAGCGCCUAGGACCAACUAGCAACCGGUUGUUGAUCAGUCGUUUGGUCAGUCUAUCAAGUGUCGUUGAGCGGAAAGGAUCGUGCGAACACGCUCGCGAGCACAAUGAAGGGAGAUCCGGAAGUGGGUGAAAGUGGUAUAGUGAAUCCCACCUUCUACCAGGAGCUGACCGACGAGCGGGUCGCUCCGGGUGGUGCUGGAUCGAGUGAAAGUAUUCUACCACAGUUGACUGUGACCCGACCGAUCUACCAACAAGAUCAACUGAACGAUGCCUAUCGCUACCGGAAACCGAAAACCAAGCUGAAGCAAGUGCUGCUCGACAGCGUGCGGCCGACUGACGCGAAAAGUUGCUGUAGUAACGUCUUCCCACUGCUCACAUGGCUACCGGAGUACUCUUGGAGCCGGGAUUUGGUACGGGAUCUGAUCAGUGGAUGCACCGUGGCCGUGAUGCAUAUUCCUCAAGGUAUUGGGUACGCGUUGCUUGCCAAUGUUCCUCCGGUAGUUGGCAUCUACAUGGCGUUCUUUCCAGUGCUGAUCUACUUCCUUUUCGGUACUUCGAGACACAAUUCGAUGGGAACAUUUGCCGUAGUGUCCAUCAUGGUCGGCAAAACGGUCCUGGCGUACACGGGAACCAGCGAAGACGGAGAACCUCCUCGCACCGCACUGGAAGUGGCCACCGCCGUCGGGUUCGUCGUGGGCAUCAUGCAGCUCAUCAUGUGCGUCUGUCGGCUGGGGGUGAUAUCCUUCCUACUCUCCGAGACGCUCGUGUCCGGGUUCACGACCGGUGCGGCCAUCCACGUGGUGACGUCACAGAUUAAAGACCUCCUAGGACUGUCGCUCCCCACGGUGGGCAGCAUGUUCGAAAUCAUCAAGACGUAUAUCGAGAUCUUCAAGCAAAUCACCAAUGUCAACUGGGCCGCGAUCAUUGUCUCGGCCAUCACGAUCGUGGUGCUGGUGAUCAACAACGAGUACCUGAAGCCAAAGGUUGCCAAGCGCAGCGUCAUACCGAUACCGAUCGAGCUAAUCGCGGUCAUUGUCGGUACGCUGGUGUCGAAGUACUUGGAGCUACAGCAGAAGUAUGGCAUCAAAACGAUUCAAAAUAUCCCCACUGGACUGCCUGCACCCUCACUGCCCGAUUUCAGCCUCAUGCCGUCGAUCAUCAUCGACAGUUUCCCGGUAGCGAUGGUCGGUUACACGGUGUCCGUCUCGAUGGCACUGAUCUUCGCGAAGAAAGAAAACUAUGAGAUCGGAUUCAACCAGGAACUAUUCGCGAUGGGCGCCGGGAACGUGUUCGGGUCGUUCUUCUCUUGUUUUCCGUUCGCGGCAUCUCUGUCCCGUUCUUCGAUACAGUAUUCGGUAGGUGGACGCACUCAGAUCGCUUCCGUCAUCUCGUGCGGUUUGCUGGCGAUCGUUCUGCUGUGGGUAGGACCUUUCUUCGAGCCACUGCCACGGUGUGUCCUUGCGGGAAUCAUCGUAGUUUCGCUUAAGGGUCUACUGAUGCAGGUGACACAGGUUAAGAGCUUUUGGCAGCAGAGCUACAUCGAUGGGCUGGUGUGGAUAUUGACGUUCCUUUCGGUGGUCCUAUUUGCGAUCGACAUCGGACUUUUAGUGGGCAUUGUGUUGAGCGUAUGCUGUAUUCUCUUCCGCGCCCUGAAGCCGUACACGUGUUUGCUUGGAAACGUACCGUACACCGACAUUUAUCUGGACGUCAAUCGAUACGAUGGGCUCAUUCAACACGCAGGGCUGAAGAUAUUCCAUUACUGCGGUGCACUCAACUUUGCCUCCCGGGCGGCCUUCAAGGCGACACUCUGCGAAACGCUGGGCAUCAAUCUCACCGAGGAAAUCAAACGACGAAAAGACCUAGACUGUAAACCUUCCACUGAGCAUAACUUUAAGUACAUUAUUCUAGAUUUUUCGUCGCUCAGCUCUAUCGAUCCUUCCGCCAUCGUCACGUUUAAGGCCAUGGUGCGAGAGUUUGAGGUUCUGGAUAUUCAAGUAAUCCUAGCCGGCUGUCAACCGCCCGUUUUUGAGACGAUGCACAAGUGCGGACUGCUCGGCAGUCUGGACAAACCGUUCUGCCGAGUAUUCCUUACCGUGCAUGACGCGGUGCAGUUUGCGCGUGAGGCCAACUGUACCGGAUCCAUCAGUGGCAGUGUUGUUUCGGAAUCAACCGGAGUUAUGUAGAUCCCGAGCUCACCGGAAACACUCCUCGCUGCUGCCGUGCAGUAGCAAAGUGUACUUAAACGCUGAUAUAAUCCGUUAGACAAGGGAUUCCAAGGCACGUGCACAGUAUUUCGAUAUGAUAGAAAAACAAAGUAGUUUUAUGAAGAAGUUACUCUUUGAAAAACCAUGCAUUUGUAUAGGUUGUAUCUGACGUAAUAUAUGUUGUUUA